AUGGCGUCGUUGGCCAAAAACAUCAAGCUUGUGGACUCAGAAAACCUCGCAUUGAAAUCGAGUCUUCUCUCGCUCAUCCACGACUAUAAGUACUUGAAGGAUCUCGUACUCAACAAAGGCUACGGCGAGGUCGAGGACGAAGACCUCGACAAGAACGUGCACAAACGGUCGUAUGGCGAGGUCGAGGUCAAGGAGCAGCUCGAUUCCGAAAUCGCGACAUCGGCCCUCAUGAACGAAUUAAUCAACGACAUGAACGAUUUGUCGUAUACCAAGAAGAGCCAGAGCAAGCGCAAAUUCAACCACUAUAAGGACUUCGAGAAGCUCGACACCGUGGAAGAUUCCGACGGUGACAUCGACUUCGAGGACGACGAAGACGACGAUGCGCUUUCUCCAUCGUCCACCGCAUUGUCGCGGACUACCUCGCCUUCCAGCGACUUCGAGAACAACUCGUUGAUGAGCUCUCUCACCCGUUCCACCACGGUUUCCUCGGUGAAUACCAUCACCAACCAGGUGCCCAUGCUCGACAAGAAAGGGUAUCCCUUCAAGAAUUCGAGCAGGCUUUUCGAGUUGCCUCGGUUCGAAGAGCACGCCAGUAGCGACACAUACUCGUUCCAGUUCGACGACGCUCUCAACGCCGACCAGGACCAGUACCACCGGAUCAACGACUUCUUGGAGGAAAAGUUGCUAACCAACGACUUGGACUAUUACGUCGAGAACCAGUACGGGGACAGGAAGUGGUAG